AAAACCCAAAAAAACAUGGCAGUUGCCGCCGCCGUGCACGGCGGUUAUCUUCCCUCCAAAUUCCGCCGCUUCACUCAGCCAACAGUCUCUCAAAUCAGGCCAACGCCACCGCCACCGCCACUAUUCAUCUCAACAAACCCUAACGACGUAAAUCCAAUUCACCUUAGAGACCUCUAUUCUGUAUGCAACCAUUCUUGUCACCGUUUUCCGAAACUGAACUCAGAAGGUAGAGUUGAGCCGGUAGAUAUCGACAAGCUCCGAAAAGCUUUACUUCAUAGCUACGUUGUUGCUUCGGUGUUUACGAGACCCGAUUUGGCUCCGGAGAAUGUAUCUGGGUCGGGUUUAACGGGUAUUGGUGGAGAUUGGAUCGGGAAAGUGGUGCCUGUGACGCCGGGAAAUGGAGAAUUGGUUGGAUUUGGACGUGCUGUUUCUGAUUCCGGGUUGACUGCUGCAAUUUAUGAUGUUAUGGUCAUCCCUUCACUAAGAAGAAGAGGCAUUGGCAGGAAGAUAGUUCAAAGGAUACUAAGGGUUCUUGUGAACAGAGACAUAUAUGACAUAGCAGCCCUCUGUUCUGAUCAACAGAAGCCGUUUUUCGGAGCAUGCGGAUUUGGAGAUGAUGUACUGGUAUCCACUACAAUGAUGUAUACUAGGUCUGCUUCUACCCACUCAGAGGAUGAGCAGAUGGUAAAAUGUGCUGGUAGAAAGCUUUUAUUAGUUCCAUCACUAAGAGGAAACCUUAAAAUAUAAUCUCUAUUUUUCAUGAUCAAGUAAUGCCAACAGAACUGAAAUUUCUUCAUGUAACUUCGACGAGACCUCACAACUGCAAUUGUCGCUGGAAUGUUGUAUGCCAGUUUCAUUUGGG